CCCGUCAUCUCCAUUCCAUUCUUCCUUUCUCCUUUCUCAUCAUCUGAACGAGCGGAAGGUCGCCUCUUUCGUGGUUGACCCCUCAGUUCCCCCUCAGUUCGCAGCCAGAUCGUCGUCUUCCCGCGCCGGUCUGCGAUCUCACUCUUCCCUCAAUCAGUAUCGGAUCCGCCAUUAACACUCGGUACUACUGAUGGAUCGUUCACUGCUGCUGUGGCCCGAAGACUUCCAGCCAGCCAUAGCUAUCUGACGGCGAGGUCAACUGCGGGGUCGCGGGCGCACGAGCGUUGGUUCUGAGCAUGGCGUCUGCGUUUCAAAAUGCGUGGCAGACUGCGCUCCACUCGGAAAAGGAGCUUCUGAAAGCUCUGGCAGAGAAAGAGCCUACCUUUGCUGAGAUCACACAUUUUCUCUCCGAAUUCCGAGCUUCUUGCCAGAAUGCGAUUUUUCGAGACUUUGAGGCCGCCCGUUCCGCCAACGUAGAGGGUCAUCUGUGGGAUGCGCAUGUUAAGAUCAAUAACCGGUUUCGCAAGCUGCUUGCUCGUUUCCGCGAAGAGAACGGCAAGAAGAAACCAGUUGAGAAGCGCAAGCUCGAGAAACACUAUCUCGACUUUAUCAAAUCCAGUCAGCGAUUCUAUCGAGGUUACAUACAACGUCUAGCGUCGCACUACGGGGGUGUACCGGAAUUGGAGAAGAUCGCGCAGAAAUUCAGCUUUGACCAACUCUCGGCUCAGUCCCCUGUGCAGCCGGAUAACAAUCUCCGCAAGCGCGUUCUUCAUUCCUGCCAUGCAACCCUCAUCCGUCUGGGGGAUCUCUCUCGCUACCGUGAAACCGAACUUGUGACCAAAGGGCGGAACUGGGGUCCUGCAAUCGGCUACUAUGAUUUAGCAGGCGUCAUCAACCCGGCCUCUGGGGCCUCGCACAACCAGUUAGCCGUUAUUGCCCUUGCUGAUGGCAAUCAUCUCCGAGCUAUGUACCAUCUCUAUAGAGCUUUGUCCGCACCGGAACCUUAUCCUACCUCUAAGGGAAACUUGGAAAUCGAAUUCAGGAAAAUCAUGAACGCCUGGGCCAAGAGAGAAUUGAUUCCACCAGAAGAUGCGGGUGUUCCAGGAAAGGCCUUGACUCCUUGGUUUGUGUACCUCCAUGCGCAGUGCUAUAAGGGAAAGGAUUUUCCGGAACACGAUGAGCUGGAAAAUGAAGUAUUGAGUCAGCUUGCUGUUGAUCUGAAGGAACGCUCCCUCGAGGGCACUCUACAGAAGUUUUGUUUGGUCAAUAUCGCCGCGGAAUAUUUCGCGACAGUGAGAUCGAAGGAGGAACAAACACACUUUGCUCGAUUGUUCUUCCAGCGUAUCAAUGUGAAGACUUUCUUUACUCUCCUUCAAAUUUUGCUGGCUGAACUGGAACGAUUCGCCGAAGAUCCUGAUAAGACCGGUUCUGACAAAGUAACUGUCGUUGGCCGACGUGUUCUUCCCGCCCUUCGUCAUUAUAGUGCCUGGCUACUUUCCAAUAGCGAUAUGCUAGUGGCCGAAAAGGAGGAAUCACCGCUGUUUGUUCAGAUAAAGGAAUUCUGGAAGAUAUACGCCAACACGUUAACCCUUCUUGCGUCGACAUUCGACCUGAUAAACCUGCCGGAAGUCGAUUAUCUCCUUGAGGAGGAUGAGGAAACUCUUGGUUUCAAGCCAUUGGACAAUGAAUUCACGAGUCGUAGGUAUCUCGACGCAAACUGUCAGCAAAAGCCACGCAUGGCCGAUCCGGGGAUUGAGAGAAACCAUCCCAACAUCGAAAUGCUCUAUCGCAUUAGAGAAUUUGUUAUUGACGGCCUUGACCUCGUGGUUAGCGGUAGAAUUCCCGUGGCCUUGGUCGACGAGAAGGACAAGAAGACAUUCAUCUAUCAGGAGGAGGGGUUGCCCUCCCAGUUCUUUGCAGCACCACCAACUCAUCAGCACACCCUGUCGUCCACCAGUAUUGAGCGGGAGGAUAUCCAAAAGGCGAAGCAAGACCCUGCCUACGUUGCGGAAACCAGAAGUGUUUUUGGAGGCUCGCAGUCAGCUUCGGCAUCGGUCCUGGCAAAUAUGCACUGCAUAGUCGAAGGGGUAGAGCGGUUGGUCGAAUCGGACACCUAUGAGAACCCACCAGUGGUCGACGAAUUGCCAGCCUUCCUUGGUGGCAGCCCCCCAACUCCUCCUGGUCACACUUUCGAAGUUGAUUCAGUAUCGCCAUUUCCCGAGGACAGAGAUACUGUGCCCCGAGUGACUAUGCCACCUCCUGGGCUAGGUCCGCCUAACGCCCAUAACGCGACAUCUUUGUCUCUCUCUCAAUCUUACACCCCAGGCCCACCGCUACCGAGCAUCUGGAACUCUGCAUUCGCCCCCAGACCCGGUGAGGCUCGAUCACCACAGCCCCGUCCGGCGACUGCCCGCCAACUCAGUCCUCCUGGACUCAGCCAGCAACCGUCACAGUCGCCGAUGGCUACUGGUGAUGGUUUCAGUAUUCCAUCACAGGAAACGACCGCGAGUGAUAUCGCAUUCCGGAACAACCUGCUAUUACAGCGCCAGGAUUUCUUCAAUUCGUCACCCAGGUCUUCCCCCUUCCAAUCAAGCUGGACGCCUCCGAAUCCUGCUGUCUUCCAAGCCCGCACAGCGACUGCAGCCUGGGGUCAAGAGAUCCCCGCAGGUGGACAAUACUACGACUCGAACUUCCACCCGCGACAAGUAUCUAGCAGUCUUGGGAGUGCCUCUUGGGCGAACAAUGCUUUCAUUGCAAGCAGUCUUCCGUCUUCGAACUGCCCCAAUUCCACCUUGAGUGGUGGCCGCAAGUCUACAACACAGCUCGGCGCCAUUGGCCAGACACCCCCGUGCGGACAAGGUGGUUGAUCAACAAGGACGCGAUCUACGCAGAAUCGGCAAGUGAGAUCUGACCAAAGAGGAUGAUAUCAACCUUGUUCCUCACGGGUUCACGGGAGUCCUCUAUGACCGAUGUACCCUAAAACGCAUCGCUAGCAGAUUGGACCUCAUCAAAGAGCAAGGCAGCGCAACGAAAGUCAAGGCAUCAGGUAGCAUGAGCUAUCUUGCUGUCUUAAAACAGAUAGCACUUUCCACCUGCGUCCUUUGGGCCAAAUUGGACGGUUAUCCUGAACAUCAGUUGGGUUCCCUGCAUCACCGACACUGAGGAGAGCAUUACAUGAUUGCAUCGACCCCCGCGGGACACUCACAAGUUAGGAGGGAAACAGUCCCAUCUUGACAUAUCAUGCACU